AUGCAUUCUGAUUCAAAUUCUGGUAAAGAUAAAGAAAAAAUCUAUCCAUCAUAUACAGAACUUCGUAUAUAUCCAUCAUUUUCUGAAGUUCGUGAAAAAUUCAAUGCACCUCAGAAUUUUAAAAUGUACUUCCCACGUGAAGUAUAUGAUCAAAUUGUAAAAGGAAGUCUUAGUGUUGAAGGAAUUGAUGUAAUUAGUCAAAACAGUGUAACAAAAGCAAAUAAUUUAGAAAAUCAAACUGUUUUUAUUCGUCGUCCACGUGAAUCACCAAUUGAAUGUCAAGUUAUUCGUUCAAAUGAUUUAUUAUUAAAAGAUGUUAAAACAGGUCGAUAUAUUCGUGCUCAAAAUCAUGAACUUGAAUAUGUUAAUAUUCCCGAAGAAGAAGGUACUGAAGUUACAUUUGCUUUAAAACAACAUGGAGAUGCAACACUUUCAUAUCUUAUUAAUGGAAUUCAAUGGUCACCACGAUAUAAUUUAAAUGUUGAAACCGAUAAUCAUUCAUUUGAAGCAUGGGCUGAUAUGACAAAUAAUACAAAACGUGAUUAUCAAAUAAAACGUACGGAAUUAUUUGGUGGUGAUGUUCAAUUACAAGAAACUGCUCACCAAUCUCGAAGAUUUCAAGCUCAAUGUUGUAUGAAAUCAUGUUGUUGUGAUUCAGCUGUCGGAGGUGCUCCAACAAUUGAAUCUGAAGGUGAAUUAGCUGGAAUUUAUUGGUAUUCAAUUGAUCAACCAUUUAUUCUUAUUCAACAAUCGACAUUUUCACUUCCAUUUGUUAAACCAAAUAUAACAUUAGAAAAAUAUGCUGGAUUAACAAAUUAUUUUCAAGAACAAACACAAAAAGGAAAAUUUCAAAGAAAAUAUCGAGUUGAAUCUGAUCGAUUUUUACCUAAAGGUACAGUUACAGUUCGAGAAGAUGGACGAGUUGUUGGACAAGCACAAUUAUCGGAUAUAUCACAAGGUGAAAAAAAAGAUUUAGAUUGUGGUAAUGAUCCUGAUGUUAGUUUUACACGUCAAAUUAAAAUUUUAUCACAAAAAAGAGAAUCAGCAUCAUAUGAUAUUAAUUUAACGAUUAAAAAUGCUAAAACAAAAAAUAUUAAAUAUGAAUAUAAAGAAAUAAUAUCUUCAGCUAAAUUUAUUAUAACUCCAAAAAAUAAUAAUGAACAAAUAAAUAAUAAAAUUCAAAUAAUUAGUGAAGGUAUUGAAAUUAUUGGUGAAGAAUUACAACCUAAUGAAGAACAAACUUUUCAAUUUGAAGUUUUAUUAGAAUAUCGAAAUAAUCUACCACAUCCGUAUUAA